UCUAUAAAUUAAAUACUAAAAUCGCGUUGGGCAAAUUUCAAGAGCACGUUGAUGCCACAAAGUAGACUACAGCUAAGAUUAAAUCGCAAAUAAAUUUUUAGACCAAAUCUUGUGUAACUUUCUCGUGCCUCCCACCACCCUCCCUGCUAAUAUUUUUUCUAAUACACACAAACGCUUUGCUCUCCGGUACAUCAGCACAUACCUCCCGGUGCUCCCGUUAACGGCGCCGCGUGUCUCGUAAUGUUCAAUUAGCGCAGUUCGCCUGCGUUUGCCGGCGCGAGCCCGGGCGCUGGUUCUCGGGCUCGAUUCUGAUUGGACAAACGCGUGACGCCGGCGCAGCGAACGAGGCGCUGAUUGGCCGACGCCGUGUCGGUGCGGCGUAAACAAAGCGGCGAGGAGCCGUUUGAACUUCGCAGAUAGAGCGACGCAGAGCGCGCGGAGGAGGGGCUCGCGAGAAGUUCCUGACAGCUCGCGCACUCCGGUUUAAAGAGCAGCAUCUUAGUCGCCGCGAAGACCACCCUAAUGAACUUACGCCGCGCGUGAGCAACUCCUAAAAGAAGGGCAGGCGUCUCGUAGCGCGCGCGCGCACACGCACACACACACAGAGGAUUUGUUUCGGACGUUUGGACGGUGUUUUGGAGAGUCUCCGGUGUUCCUCGCGCGCAGGCGGAGCGGCGCGUGCUCAUCAUCGGCUCAGCAGAGCUGUCAUGCUGCCUAAAGUCGAGUCAGAAUCUCUGGGACUCGCUCGAUCGCAUGGGGAACAGGGGCAUAUGCCUAGAAACAUGCAAGCCCCCCAGUUUAAAAUGAUGGACUACUCCUACGACGAAGACUUGGACGAAAUGUGUCCAGUGUGCGGAGACAAGGUGUCCGGAUAUCACUACGGGUUGCUGACCUGUGAGAGCUGUAAGGGCUUCUUCAAGCGCACGGUGCAGAACAACAAGCGCUACACAUGCAUAGAGAACCAGAGCUGUCAAAUAGACAAGACCCAGCGGAAACGCUGCCCCUACUGUCGCUUCCAGAAGUGCCUCACCGUCGGCAUGAAACUGGAGGCUGUGAGGGCCGAUCGAAUGAGAGGAGGUCGCAACAAGUUCGGCCCCAUGUACAAACGAGACCGGGCGCUCAAGCAACAGAAAAAAGCCUUGAUCCGGGCCAACGGACUCAAGCUGGAGGCCAUGACGCAAGUCAUGCAAACCGUCCCAGCGGACCUCACCAUUACCUCUGCCAUUCAGAACAUCCAUUCAGCCUCCAAGGGGCUUCCGCUGAGCCACCACCAUCAUCACCACCACCAUCACCACCACCACAGCUCCUCCAGCGCAGGCCUGCCACCUGCAGACUUUGACCGCAGUCCCUUCGUCACCUCGCCGGUCAGCAUGGCCAUGCCGCCGCACGCCGGAGGCCUGCAGGGCUACCAGGCGUACGGCCACUUCCAGAGCCGCACCAUCAAGUCAGAGUAUCCCGACCCCUACACAAGCUCGCCGGAGUCCCUCAUGGGCUACCCGUACGUAGAAGCUUACGCGGGCGGAUCGCCACCCACCUUCCCUCACCUGGUGGUGGAGCUGCUCAAGUGCGAGCCGGACGAGCCCCAGGUGCAAGCCAAGAUCCUCGCGUACCUCCAGCAGGAGCAGGCCAGCCGAGGCAAGCACGAGAAACUCAACACUUUUGGCCUCAUGUGCAAGAUGGCCGACCAGACACUGUUCUCCAUUGUAGAAUGGGCCAGGAGCAGCAUCUUCUUCCGGGAACUGAAGGUUGAUGACCAAAUGAAGCUUCUCCAGAACUGUUGGAGUGAACUCCUAAUCCUGGACCACGUUUUCCGACAGGUGAUGCACGCCAAAGAGGGCUCCAUCCUCCUGGUCACGGGGCAACAGGUGGAUUACGCCCUAAUUGCCUCCCAAGCCGGUGCCACACUCAACAACCUCCUGAGUCACGCGCAGGAGCUGGUGAGCAAACUACGAUCCCUCCAGCUGGACCAGAGGGAGUUUGUCUGCCUCAAGUUCCUGGUGCUGUUCAGCUUGGACGUCAAGAACCUGGAGAACUUCCAUCUGGUGGAGAGCGUCCAGGAACAGGUCAACGCGGCGCUGCUGGACUACGUCAUGUGCAACUAUCCCCAGCAGACGGACAAGUUCGGCCAGCUGCUGCUGCGGCUGCCGGAGAUCCGGGCCAUCAGCCUGCAGGCCGAGGAGUAUCUGUACUACAAACACCUGAACGGUGACGUGCCCUGUAACAAUCUUCUAAUAGAGAUGCUGCACGCCAAACGUGCCUGAGGACCGGUGGCAAGCCUUUCGUCUCGACACAUCGCACACACUGCUCCCAGCACCACCUCAGUCCAGCGUCAUCACCAGACAUAGCCUUCGACCGAUGCGCUCUCACUGCAUGGGUCUGCGCCGGGCCGGACACUUCGGAUCCGGGAAGCCCAUAAGCGAGGGUUUGGCGAAGGGCAGAUGCAUUUCUGGUAAAGAAAUGAACGAAUCCAGAGUUACAAUGACCUCUAGGCUGCGGAUUUGUCGUCGUAUUGUCGAACCAUGACUGUCAGUCGUUAUUUGUUGUGCGUGCAGCUGAUCCAAACGUCCACCUUACACUCAGACUUGAGGUGGCGGGUUUAUGAUUACCGGGAAAAGACUGGGCGCUCUUUCAAGACUGGUUUGCCAGCGUUGACCCAAAGUUUCCAUUAGGACCUGGCCAUGUGGCCUUCCUCUGUCUGUUUUAAGGCACACAAGCUGGGCCGGAGCCAGUAGGCGGACGUAAGAUGGACAACCAGCCAUUGCCCGCAUCUGCGCCAACUAAGACUUUAUUCCAACCCUCUCACCAAAAAAAACCCUCUCUUUUCAAAUAGGCAGCCAUUUCUUCUUCUUUGUCACUCUGAGGCUGCUUUUAUCAAUAUUUUCUCACCAAAAGUGGAAAAGGAUAAACAUCUGAAAAUCUGUCAAGAACACGUCCGGGUCGUAUUUAAUCUCAAAAUCAGAAGAAAGGAAUUAGAAAUUAUUGAUGUCUAAUAUUUGGGGUGGGGGGACUAUUAACUAAUUAAAUAAUUUAUUCUAAACACUGAAUAAAAACUAAUUUUGUAGUUAAAUGCGCUAAAGUUGGUGAAAAUGUAACAGAACAGAAUUUUGGGAAUAAAAGGUAGGAAUGAAUACUUAACGAUUUUAUUAUGAACUGAAUUUAAAUAAUGACAUUAAUUAAUAAUGAAAAUAAUUAUUAUAAAAAAGAAUUUUGGACACAAAUGUGCUAAACGGUCAUGACAUAAUAAUAAUAAUAAUUGAAAACAUACUGUAAUUCAUAAUAAAGUAAUUUUGGUUGUAAAAAUUCAAAAAGUUUUAUAAUUAACUUAAUAAAAAUUAUUUUUGAGGUGUAUGUGCUAAAAUGCCCAGACAUAAACAUUUAAUAGAUAAAUCAUAAUCAACUAAAUUUGAAUUCAAAUACUUUCUUAUUAUUAGAUUUGUGGGAUGCGUUAUGACCUGGAAAUGCAUUCGCCCUCCAAAACUCACAACACACUUUUUCUAUUUAUUAGUGUCGGUUUUUCAGCUCGGUUGGAACAUUUUGCAGUUUGUUAGUCAACAAAUGUGAAUAUGGAUAUAGCGCAGUCUCAGAACCAGUAUAAAAAAAAAAAUACCGCCUCCGUCAACACAAGACCAAAGCCUGCAGAGAACAAAAAAGAACGAAAGAAGAAGAAGAAAAAAAAAAAACAACAACCUUAACUAUCAGUAUUAAUAAUUUGUGAUGUCACAGUCAUGUGAGUCUUGCCUUAUUUCAUUUCCAUGCUAGCUAACCGUGCUGAUGUGAAUUACGAUAUGUAAAAUAAAAAGUACAUAUAUAUAAAGUAUUAAUGUUAUACAAAUUGAAAAGAAAUAAGAGGUGUUUACAUUCAUGUGGUCAUGUGGGAGAUAACUGUGAUGCGUUCGAUUGCAAAGCAAUGAUUUCAUAUAAAAACGAAACAAAAUGUUCAGAAAAGACUAUAUUCCUCUCGUUUGCUUUCUUAGGUGUGUACAGUUUUCAUCUUUCUUAACCAGUACUUAAUUAUGUCGUGAGACACUAAAUCAGAGAGGAAUCUCACUUAAUACCGAGUUUCGAAAUGUUUUUUUUUUUUUUUUUUUUUACUGUGCUGGCUUAUUUCUGUGGACACCUUGUUUUUACGUUCUACGUUUGAUAUGUACGUCACUGGUUAAGCUUAAUUUAUUGUUUUGGUUUCAUCCAUGUGUUCCUGCACAGUGGGGUGGGGUCAUGACUAAAUGUAUUUGUUUACUGUAGCACGUUUUUAAAAAUGUAGAUACGAGAUGCAGUUACGGAGCUAAAUGGUGAUCGAGUGAUUCACAUUAAACGACCAUCAGUCCUGCCACUGUAAAAUAACAA